UAAGACGAAGUGCUUUGCUGUGGCGUGCUAUGCCGAAGACGCUGAAGUUGCUCUGUUUGAGGCGCUGCGUUAGGGACACUGUGGAUGCUGUGCUGAAGACGCUGUGCUGAAGGUGCUGUGCCGAAGCUCCUGUAGACGCUGGAAGCAGUAAGAUACUAUGCCGUGCUGUGUCGUCCUGCAAAGAUACCGUCGAAGCAUCCCAAACACACCAUCCGCGCGGUCUUGUACUUACAAUCCCACCUCACUGCGUCGCAGCAGACGCCCGACAGACGGCGGGAACCUCGUAGGCGAACGACCCAAGCCGUUACGAACAACCGUCGCAACAAAGCAGUCUGGUAAACAGCACAGUAAACAGUCGUCACCCCAAAACCAAACGAAACCCGCGCGUCUGUCAGACUCGCGAACAGUGCGGAGUGACAAGAAGAGCACAGGAGAAGUCAAGACCCACACCCACGCAAUGAACACGCCGUUCCCAACAGCAAAUCCAAAUCCCAUAACACCGACACUGGCUCUAAAUCGGAGUCAGCAAACUGCAGGCUCCAGCACCAGCACACUCCGCAUUCAGCAGCCAAUGCAGAUGAGACCUCACAUCGCACCACGUUGUUUGCUUGCGCACAGUGACACGAUAAGCGUGUGGUGUUCGCUCUAUCACGUCCUGUGGUGGUGGGGCUGGUUGUGCGCCGUUGUACAAUGGGUGCUUGUUCGUGCGCCGUGCGGUGUGCUCCACACUCUACGCUCCAUACUCCACGCUUCACGCUCCACGCUCUACACUUUACGGUAGAGCUGCCACACAGCGACUCGGAGUUCUGGCUUGCUUCUAGUGUGGCGCUGGGA